AUCCUAUCCAGGCUCACUAGGGCGCAUACUAUAGGUACUUUGAGACUGCUCUUGGCUCGGUCGACCGUAUUAUCUGUAGGACUUUUGCCUCGAUCUGCUAACUAUACGGCAAAAAGAGGUGCUACUCACAUCUCAUUUCAACGCACAUUACGUGGUACUUGUUCAAUCUUAUCCGAGCAUUUCGCCCGUCCAAAGUAUUCCUCCUCGAUGGCUAUGGACUCUUCACCUGAUUGUCCCUUGGAAUCGACUGAGUAUGAGCUUGUUCCACAGUUCAAUCCAACCAUCGGUCGUACUCAGUGGAAGCCUGUACGUACGGACUACGAUUAUGCACAAGAAAUCGCUCUCUCUGGUUACGGGGAUAUGUUACACGAUACUGACCGGAAUCAAAAGUACGCGGAAGCUAUUCGAGUUGCCAUAAGACAUAUACAACAUACUCAACCGGACAUCGAUUUGCGCGUGCUGGAUAUUGGCACAGGAACUGGACUCCUAUCCAUGAUGGCCGCCUCUCAGGGUGCCCAUUUAGUCACCGCCUGUGAAGCUUUUCGUCCGAUGGCCAACUGCGCAAAACAGGUACUGCAGGAAAAUCAGCUGGAAAAGUAUAUCAAGGUUGUUGGUAAACAGUCCACUAAGCUAACCAUCCCGGAUGACCUUCCACAACGCGCGAACUUACUGGUUGCAGAGUUGGUAGACACAGAACUUAUUGGUGAAGCUUGUCUAUCAACCUACAAGCAUGCAGCUGAGUCCUUACUGACACCAGAUGCCGUGUUGGUUCCGUAUGGUGCAGACCUCUUCUGUCAGGUGGGUUUUUCCUUUGUGCAGUAUGUGUGCAACAAUGCAAGGAUCACAACCGUUUCUCUCUUCACAAACGUCUCACACUUUGUGUAA